UCCGCGUUUCGCCGCACGCGCUUCCAUUCCGCGCACGCGCACCAAACACACACACAAACAGAAUUUAAAAAAACGCGUUAAAAAUUUAAAAAAUAAAAUAAAAAACAUUUAAAGUGAUUUAAUAUUUAAUUAUGAAUACUAUACGUACAACUUUCUGUUUGUUGGUAACAACCGCAUUGGUGUUGGUCCCCGCGUCGGCCGGCACCUGCCGCGAGGCGAAACUCUGCUGUCCCGGUCGUGAUUCCUCCUGCGUGGUCCAGAAAGCCCCGCUGAACGACAUCAUCCAGGAUUUGACGGACAAGCCGUGCUACUGCGACCAUGCCUGUCUUAAGCUGGGGGAUUGCUGUCGGGAUUUCAAGGAGGCUUGCGGUGUCGUGGACUGUCAAGUAAGCCCCUGGGCAGAUUGGUCCUCCUGUGACGCUGACUGCGGAUCCGGUACGAUGCGUCGCCGCCGCACUGUCGUAGUUCAGCAGCAGAACGGGGGGCGGCACUGCCCCCAGCUGGAACAAUUGCGUGGCUGUCAAGUGAACAACUGCCACCAUCAUCAGGACACAGCCGUGCGCGAGAUUGCGAUCCUGCUGCCCGGAACGCUGUCAAAGACCCGGAAAGCAAACGCCACCGCCGACAUCCGAAGAAAUCUACACAUUAGUUACCCAGAGGACCAUCCGGAAUAUGAUCCUAGCAAGCAAUACUGCGUCGAGUUCCAAGUUGUCAAAGCAUCCAAAGCAUGCAAGAAAGACGAAUCCUUCGCCGGAAUGAAAGAAGGUGAAACCGUGUGCGUUUUGUGCGAAGCUGAAGCCCUACGAAAAAACCUCGGCUACCGAUGUCAGGGCCACGGCGUCGUCGGCCUCUUCACACGCUGGUCGUCGAUGUCAUCACCGCACUGCCACGGCAAGUGGGUGCGUGCGCCCCCGAAACUGUCAACUCCAACUAAUAACAACCCGCAAGAGACCUGCAGCGCCAAGACGUGCCAAGCCACCUCCGAGCAACGCUUCAUUUUCGUUUAAGAUUUCUUCCUCCCUUCUUCCACUGGAGCCAAACGAACCCGGAUCUUAAUCUUAAUCUCAAAUCUGAAACUCCUGCAAGCCUUUCAUAUCAGUAUCAAGUAUCAACAUCAAAUUUAAGUCUUGGUUCCUUUUUAAAAACGUAGACUGAUGAUGUGACGUCAUUGAUUCUUGUUUUUGAAUUUUUAUUUGUGACUAAAAUGUAUUUAAUAACGUUUGUAGCAUUAUAUUGUUAUUAAUCUUAAUCUAAGACACGAGAAUAAUGAACACAUAGAGUAAUCGAACAAAAAUGAUAAACUAAAUAACGCGAGGACCUUUUUGCAUAAUCAUUAAUUGUAAACAAGAAUAAACAUUACACUAGUUGAGUAAGAUUAUUGUGACAAAAUUGACGAAGCGACAAGAGUUGCGGCAUUUGUGUAACAAUAUAUUUUGUCAGAAACAUAUCACCACACUAAUGUCAUUCUAUUUAAGAUGGUUGCACGUGAGUGGUGCAGCAGAGGAAAUAUAUAUGACAGUCAAUAAAA